UACACCUGUUAUUGUUGAUAUUGUUUUUGAUUAUCAACAUUUAAUCAACAUAAAAUCAUCACAUCCUCAUACAGCUGAUUUUCCUCGCGGAAUCACGCUAUCUGCUCAUCUCGAACGAUUGCGGCUUCGAAACUUCCCCUUCCAGCCAAUCGAUUAGUGUACAUAUCGCGCUAGGAUUAAUGUUUUGGAACCCGGAAGGUAGCAGAAUUACAUAACGAACCGUGCCGCCAGCGUGACCGCAAUCAGGAACGAAACUAUUUCAGCAUGUCGCGGAACAUCCUAAACAUUGCCAAGUAUACCCGAACAAUACUCGGUCGCCAGCAGAGACGAUGCUAUUCGGAAGCCUCGGCACAAUUCCCUAAAAUCACCACCCACUACACGAUACAUUCCCGCGACAAAGAUCCGCGAUGGGCAGAGGUCGACAUGGAACGUUUCGUCGACGAGGCGGAUAUCUUGAUCGUGGGUGGAGGUCCGGCAGGAUUAUCGGCCGCCAUUCGUGCGAAGCAGCUAGCAGCCGAAAAGGGACAAGAGCUGCGCGUUUGCUUGGUAGAAAAGGCAGCUGAAGUCGGAGGACACAUUUUGUCCGGAGCUUGUCUCGAUCCCGUCGCGCUGAACGAGCUCAUCCCGGACUGGAAAGAGCAGGAAGCUCCCCUCAAUACUCCCGUGACGCAUGACAAAUUCUCCUACCUCACUGAGUCGGGCAAGCUGCCGAUUCCAAUUUUCCCAGGAUGGCCAAUGGACAACCGGGGGAACUAUGUGGUACGAUUGGGACAUGUCGUCGCCUGGCUAGGACAGCAGGCGGAAGCUCUUGGGGUGGAAAUCUACCCCGGAACGGCUGCUGCCGAAUUGCUGUUCCACGAGGAUGGUUCCGUGAAAGGGAUCGCCACGGGAGACGUGGGAAUCGGUAAGGAUGGCGCCCCGAAGGACACGUUCGCCCGCGGCAUGGAGUUGCACGCCAAAACGACCAUCUUCGCGGAGGGUUGCAGGGGACACUUGUCGAAGCAGUUAAUGACACGCUUCGGCCUAAACGCAGAGAAUGACCCACAAACGUAUGGUAUCGGGUUGAAGGAGGUGUGGGAAAUUAAACCCGAAAACCACAAGCCUGGCCUGGUGGAACACACAAUCGGCUGGCCACUGGACAAAAACACCUACGGUGGAUCGUUCCUGUAUCACUUGAAUGAACCGACACCAUUGGUCGCGGUGGGGUUCGUUAUCGGGCUAGAUUACGUCAACCCAUACCUCAGUCCGUUCCAGGAGUUCCAACGGUUCAAAACGCAUCCGAAGGUACGUGGCACGUUCGAGGGUGGCAGCCGGAUUGCGUACGGAGCGCGUGCCUUGAACGAGGGCGGUUUCCAGAGCAUCCCUAAGCUUACCUUCCCGGGAGGAUGUCUCGUGGGGUGUGGUGCCGGUUUUAUGAACGUGCCCCGCGUCAAGGGCAGCCAUUAUGCGAUGAAGAGUGGCAUGCUGGCCGCCGAAAGUGCCUGCGAGGCUGUCUUUUCCGGUGCUACUCAAGAAAAGACUGGCCUGGAGCCGAAAGAUUACUCAGAACGCAUAAAGGAAUCAUACGUCUGGAAGGAUCUCUAUAAGGUGCGUAACUCACGACCCAGUUUCCACACGGGGCUUGGCCUGUUCGGUGGGGUGGCGUACAGUGGCUUCAGCAUUCUCGUCGGAGGCCGCGAACCGUGGACGUUGCAUCACGGUUCGCCAGAUCACACUCGCCUGAAGCCCGCGAAGGAGUGCAAACCAAUCGAAUACCCGAAACCGGACGGUAAGCUAACGUUCGAUCUGUUGUCGUCCGUCGCGCUUACUGGCACUAACCACGAGGGCGACCAACCGGCACAUCUCACCCUGAAAAGCGAUACCGUGCCCGUGAAGAAUAAUCUCACCAUCUAUGACGGUCCGGAGGCUCGGUUCUGCCCUGCCGGUGUAUACGAAUACGUGCCGAACGACGAGGGCGGCAACAUGAAGCUACAGAUUAACGCACAAAAUUGCAUCCACUGCAAGACGUGCGACAUCAAAGACAUUACACAGAACAUCAACUGGGUGGUUCCGGAGGGUGGCGGCGGCCCGGCGUACAACGGAAUGUGAAGCGCCUUGCGCCCGUUCCCCUCUCGUGCUUCCAGAACUGUCGUAGCAAUCCGCCCAUCCUCGGCUUGGAUACCGGGCAAGGUCGAAUUUAUUCAUUUAAGUAAUAAAGUCGUUUCCGCAUGUUUCGCUCCGAAGAAACAUUCCGCAAACAGUACCUCCCAUAUCACACGUGUAAAAAACUGCUGUUUAGAAAAUGGUUUAUGUUUGUUAUAUUCUCAUACGCGCAAUAAAGACAUAAUUUACAAAGCAAAAAAUGC